CGCUCUCUGUGCGCCACUCGGUCCGGAGCGCGUGUGCGUGGAGCAGCCGGAGGCACCAUGGAAGAAGCGUCCAAGCAGGAAGAGGAGCACAGGCUGGCCGCGUUCGGCACGUCGGAACCGGAGAGUCAGAGGCAGACGCCGAGGAAGAAAAGCAAGCGCUGUAAAAUCAUAUCCGCGGUUGUCUUUCUCUGCCUACUCAGCCUCAUCCUUGGACUAGUUUUGGCUUACCAACCUCCCAAAGAUGGUGGUGGGGAGCACUGGCUGCAUUUGGAUGCCUCUGCGCCAAGUCAACAGCCUCAGUGUCCACCAAGUUUCUCCAGGUCGCCGCUCAUCCUGGUGUCCUUGGACGGCUUCCGGGCCGAUUAUCUGAGAGAUCACGGCAGCCUACUCCCCGUCAUCAGCAAGUUACGAGCCUUGGGUACGACCACGUCGCAUAUGAGGCCCGUGUAUCCGACAAAGACAUUCCCGACCCACUACUCCAUUGCGACCGGCCUUUACCCAGAGUCCCACGGGAUAAUCGACAACAAAAUGUACGAUGUAAACUUCAACGCAUUCUUCUCCACGAAAACUGAGGAGAAAUACAACUCAAAAUGGUACCAAGGGGAGCCUGUCUGGCUCACCGCCAAGCGUCACAAAUUAAGAACUGGGACCUUCUUCUGGCCCGGAUCGGAUGUCGCCGUCAAUGGCAGCUUGCCAGAUCUGUACAAAACGUAUGAUAGAACCAUUGCCUUCGAGACCAGAGUGUCGACGCUGCUUGAGUGGCUGGAUUUACCACCGGGAAAACGACCUGACUUUUACACUAUGUACUUGGAGGAGCCUGACAAAUCUGGACAUUACUACGGACCAAGAAGCAGCCAACUGGUCGAGGCACUGAAGAACGUGGACCGGGUCUUGGGGAAGUUAAUGGACGGUCUGAUGGACCGGAACUUGCUCCACUGCGUCAACCUCCUCGUCAUAUCGGAUCACGGCAUGGAAAACGCGACGUGUGAUAGGGCAGCGUUCGUUUCCACCUACCAGAACAAGACCGACCACUUCACCGUCAUUCAAGGCCCGGCGGCUCGCAUCAGGCCCACCCGGCUGCCGGACGACUUCUAUUCCUUCGACUACGAGGGCCUCGUGAAGAACUUGUCGUGCAGGACUCCCGACCCGCCGAUGAGGCCGUACCUUAAAGAGCACCUCCCUAAGCGCUUCCACUUUGCAAACAACGUGAGAAUAGAGAGAAUACACCUGUAUAUGAAAGAAGGCUGGCAGGCGGCGCUAAACCGCAAGGAAAUCAAGUACUGCUCGGGCGGCUUCCACGGCUCCGAUAACCUUUUCGGCAACAUGCAGUCAAUCUUCAUCGGUUAUGGUCCCGGACUUCAAAGUAACACCGUUGUACCUCCUUUUGAGAGCAUUGAAUUAUAUAACGUCAUGUGUGAUCUUCUCGGCAUUCCUCCGUCUCCGAACAACGGUACACACGGGAGUCUGAACCACCUCCUGAAGAAUCCCGUCCACUUCCCCGUUCACCCCGCGCAGCUCUCCCACGAAACCCCCUGCGAGGCCGACGCCUCCCGCCCCGCCGUCGACCUCAAUUGCACGUGCGGAAGGGGUGAAGACAAGAACUCGGCAAUCAUGAUCCAAAAUGCCACCGUCAAAUCGCGCUUACGUCGCCGCCACCAUCCCUUCGGCGUCCCCGGCGUCGUGCAGGCCGACGCGACCUUUUGCCUGCUCCACCAGUCCGCCUACAUCACCGGCUACAGCCACGACCGCCGCGCGGCUCUCUGGGUGUCGUACAACGUCCCCGACGCGCCCGCAGCGGAGCCCCCGAGCCCGUCUCUGGAGGCGUGUAUUCGCGCCGACGUCCGCGUGCCUGCAGCCAGCAGCCAGACGUGCGGCGACGACAGCACCCGCGGCCUGCUGCACCCCCCAAACCUGAGCGGCAAAGAUGGUUGGAGCGAGUCACUCAUCACAAGCAACAUGGUGCCAAUGUUCCCCGCAUUUAAAGCCGUUUGGAACUAUUUCCACGGUGUCCUGCUUCCGAGGUAUUCGGAGCAGCUGAACGGCGUCAACGUCGUGAGCGGUCCAAUAUUUGAUGAAGAUUAUAACGGAAAAGUGGACGCCUUCAAGAAUCUUGCGCCAAACAAAGCCCCCGUGCCGACCCAUUUCUUCGUGAUCCUGACCAGUUGUAAGAAUCCCGCCUUUGGACCCACGAACUGCGAGGGUCCUCUCAGGGUCAGGUCCUUCAUCCUGCCGCACAGACCCGACUACACCGAGAGCUGCACCACCGGCUCGGAUUUAACGUGGACGCAAGACUGGAUGCAGCUGCACACGGCCCGGGUCCGCGACGUGGAACUGCUGACCGGACUCAGCUUCUACCACGACAGGUUGUCGGUGGAUGAGACGCUGCAGCUCAAGACAUUUUUACACGUUUGAAUAUGAGUGUAUGUAGAACUGAAGGAGGGGGGGGUGGGGGGGGGGGGGGAUUAUUCAUUUUGGUCCAAAAUCCAAUUGGUUCUCUCGCACUUGCUGCCUCAUUUCUUUCAAAUAGUCAGGUAGAAUUUUACUCAUAUUUUUUUUUUUUCCCUAUGGCACUUCAGUGAUUGUUGUACAUACUGAAUGCCGUACAUCGGUUGUAGAUUUCGUUAAUCCUCACGAAAAAGAUGGAUUUGCUUUUGGACGGCAGAGCCAAAGACGGACCGGCGCCGGUCGAAAACGAUUCUGCUGACGUGGGGCUCCAACGUUCGGAAGGAACAGCCGGGACGUUACGAGUGCAUCUCGGUGAAUUGGAAUCGUAUUGAAAAAUGGAUUGAUUUUAAUAUUUUUUUUAAAAAAGUCAUAUACAGUAUUAUACAGAUUCUGUUCAAAAUAAUGUCGACUGUUUCUUGUGUAAUAACUGAAUUUCUUGAGGUGCUGAAUUCGGGAGG